AGUAAUCUGAUGACUGAUGAUGAGUCGUGAGAAGGAACGAGAACUGCGAAAGUGUAUUGCGUGCUUGUGCAAUUUGAUCAUACAUAUUCAGAGCGAAAAAUCCUGAAAAAUAUCCUUUUCUUCUAUAAAGUGUCGUGAAUAAUAAUGAGUGACGAUUAUUUAAGCAAACCUCUAUCUUUCGGAUCCGCCUCACCCGCACUCCCAUCUCAGCAUAUACAACCGCUAUCACCAUAUCUUAACUAUGACUCGCGCUACCUGCAAACUCAACCGGAAUUCAUAUUUCCCGAAGGUGCAUCUAAGCAGCGUGGACGCUUCGAGUUAGCAUUUUCUCAAAUUGGUUCUUCCGCUAUGAUUGGUGCUGGAAUUGGCGGAAUGGCUGGGUUAUACAACGGAAUGCGAGCAACCGCGCUGGCUAAUCAAACUGGAAAGCUUAGACGCACACAGCUACUCAACCAUGUGAUGAAGCAAGGAGCCGGUACCGCGAAUACUUUAGGAACUAUAGCCGUAAUGUAUUCGGCCUUUGGAGUUCUUCUGCAGUGGACACGAGGCGAGGAUGACGAAAUUAACACGAUUGCCGCAGGAGGGGCUACUGGACUACUUUAUAAGUCAACAGCUGGUUUGAGAAAAUGUGCCAUUGGUUGCGGUAUUGGUCUUGCUUUGAGUUCUCUUUAUGUCUUAUGGGGUAUAACAGGGGGCAGUUCAAAAAAGCUGAAGGAGUUGCGGUCGCAGUACCUGUAAUAAGGUUCAUAUGAAUGUCAGAUAACAGAGUAAAACCUAGAUUUGUAAGCAAAUGACUACGCUCCCCAAGCAAAUUUUUGUUGCAGGCUGAAGUGAAACGAGUGUCACAUUAAGAUAGGUUUAUUAUGUAUAUUAGGGACACUUGUACUGUGAUUUUUAAUAAUACUAUGUUUUUUCCGCUGCAAUUGAAAUUAAUUGCUACUAAAUUCACGUGAAAUGAAAUCGAUCCCCAAAGGGUGGGUAAGUGAUUUUACUUCUCGUAGAGACUAAUCAGUUUUCACUAAUAAAUUAUCCAGUUGUUACAGUUAUAACACAUCGCAACAGAAGAGACAUCCACAAUA